AUGGCAGUAACACAGUUCCAACCCGCCGAUGCUAGGCGAUGUUUUCCAUGCUGGGACGAACCUGCUACUAAGGCUAUCUUCAAGAUAUCAGUUGAUGUGCCAUAUGAGCUGAUGGCUUUGUCCAAUAUGCCAGUGAUUGAAGAAAACUUUAAUGGGCAUCUCAAGACAGUUACCUUUCAGGAAUCACCUAUUAUGUCAACCUAUUUGGUGGCUGUUAUUGUUGCUUUAUUUGAUUAUUUAGAGGACCAUACAUCUGAUGGUAUUAAGGUUAGGGUAUACUGUCAAGUUGGCAAAGAAAAUCAAGGAAAAUUUGCUUUAGAUGUUGCUGUAAGGACACUUGAUAUUUAUAAGAUAUACUUUGGUGUGCCGUACCCCCUUCCUAAGUUAGAUAUGGUUGCUAUCCCUGACUUUGCUGUUGGGGCAAGGAGAAUUAUGGUUGCAAAUACUGUGGCUCAUGAAUUAGCACACCAAUGGUUUGGGAAUCUUGUAACAAUGCUCAAUGAGGGGUUUGCAACAUGGAUAAGCUAUUUAGCAACUGAUACCUUAUUUCCUGAAUGGAAAGUGGAGGUUAAUCAUGUGAGUGAGAUUGAACAAAUUUUUGAUGCAAUAAGUUAUACAAAAGGUGCUGCCAUUAUCCAAAUGCUGCAAAGUUAUCUCGGUCCUGACUGUUUUCAGAGAUCAAUGGCUUCAUACAUAAGAAGAUAUGCUUGUUUAAAUACAAAGACAGAGGACUUGUGGGCUGUUCUUGAGGAACCAGUGAAUAUGCUAAUGAAUUCUUGGACAAAGCAAAAAGGAUAUCCAGUUGUCUCUGUAACAGUCAAGGGUCACAAGUUGGAAUUUGAGCAGGUCCUCCCCACCAAAGAGAAGAAAUACUGCCAUACCUUAGACGCACAGAUGAAGUUGCCACUAACUGAAAUGGUCCAAACCCUCUCACCAGAACCCGAGGGGACAAAGAUAAGGUCUUGGAGUGUGUUUAACAAAAGGAUCAGUUCACUGGUUUCACAGUCUCUCAGAGGUCUCCUUGAAUCCAAAUCCCAAGCCAAGCCAGAUUCAUCAACAGAAAACAAUUCAGCAAUGGAUAUUGAGAGCAAGAGUACUGCUGAAUAUGGACAUACUUUGGGGACCCCAACUGAUUCUUUGUUGGUUGUAACCACAGUUAAACUGGAUGGAACCAACUAUUUGGCAUGGCCACAAUCUGUGAAAAUUCAUAUUUGUAGUAGAGGAAAAUGGGGGUUUAUCUCUAGAAGCAAGAAAGCUCCCCUAGAGGAUGAUCCCACUUAUGAGAAAUGGGUGCAAGAGAAUUACACUAAACUGAAUGUAGCCAGAUCCUAUAAACUAAGGAGUGAUGUGAAGAAUUUAAGACAGGGGAAGAAAUCCCUUGCGACAUAUUUCUCAACCUUGAAAUCUCUAUGGCAAGAAAUUGAUCUGAUAGAGGCUGUGACAUGGGAUACUCCUAAUGGUGCAGAAACCUAUGGGAAAUUAGUUGAAAGGAAUAGGGUUUUUGAGUUCCUAACUGGGCUAAACCCUGAAUAUGACAUCACAAAACAAAAUAUUCUGUCCAAGGAAAGUGUCUCAUUAUCACAAGCAUAUGCUUUAGUCAGCAGUGAAGAAAUCAAAAGACAGGUAUAG